AAUUUGUCUCCAAACGAUCGCGUGAGCUUUUGUAAUAUAUCGAAGUUGUCAAAUUAUUGAAGCCAUUCCCUUCAACGGGCUGGUAGAAACGUUUAUAGUUUCAUUACUGCAUUCUUUCUUUCUGUCCACCUUUUACACAUGAGAAAAAAAUUCUCGAGUUAAUUCAUGAAAAGCGAUAAUGCCAUUUUUAAAGGAUCGGAGCAAAGUGAAGCAAUCGAGGUCCGAAAGACUGGACUUGGAAACAAGCAGACAGGGGCUCCGCCAUAAGAUUUUCAAUACCCUUGGCGAUAUGUAUGUUGGAGAAUGGGACUACAACAAGAAACAAGGAAAAGGUGCACUUUUGGCUAGAUUCGGCAAGCUAUAUGAGGGAGAUUUCUACAAAGGUCGUAGGGAAGGAUUUGGGGUAUUAUCGACUUUUAUGCCAGAAACAAACACUUUUACCUUGGAAUACAGGGGUGAUUGGAAAGGUGGCCAUAUGCACGGGAAAGGCUUACGAAUAUACCCAGACGGUAGUUUUUAUCAGGGAAAUUUCAAGUGUGGCAAACGUAGCGGUCAAGGGCAAUUGUGGAAUAAGGAUUGUUCUUUUUACGAUGGCGACUGGUUGAAUGAUAAAUUUCAUGGCGAAGGCAUGUUCAUAUUUCCAAACGGCAACCGUUAUGAGGGUGAGUGGGAAAAUGGGUUGAAACACGGUAAAGGUAGAUACUUUCACCUAGACAGCGGGCAGCUGCAGGAAGGCGUUUGGUUUGAAGAUAUGUGCGUUUACAGCACCAUAACCGACAUCCCCUACAGGCAGUGCAGUAUAUCGCCUUCCAAGUACCCUAUAAAUCAUAUCCAACUUCAAGAUCCUGAAGAUUUAUGCCAGAAACAAGAAAUACUAGCUUUGGAAGGAACCGGAAAUGUUUGUGACUACUCAGAAGAAUCUGUUCUGAAUAUAAAAAGUAGUGACAGAAUAUUGACAUGAAUAUAUCGAAAUAUAUAAUUUAUUAUAUCUUAUUUAUACAUCAUAAUAUAUAUUUUUAUAAAAAUCAUGAUAAAUCACAGAUAAUGAUGUUCAGAUUUCAAUUCCACACUUCUAUCCAUUAUAGGUACAAAAUGUAGAGAAUAUUCUAGGAUAAGAAUUUCAUUCCAAUCUUGAUCGAUAUUAAAGCCAUAGGAACUGUAACAAUAUCAACCAAGGAAUGAAAUAACAUGAAAAUAAUGUAUAUGGUUCUAUAAAAUUGUCCAGCAUCUGUACAAAAGACUAAGUACUAUCGCUAGGUAUAUAUUGAGCUAUUUGAGGAAACGCUAAAAUUAUUUCAGCUAAGGAACACCCUAAAAUUUGUCAAUAUCAAAAUAGUUAUUGUCAACUAUCCUAUGUCCUCUUUUGGAAUGUACAGUCGAAAAAAAUGUGCUGCUCGUUAUGACAGAAAUAUAAGUUAUAAUCGUAACUGAAACCAUAUAGAUUUGUAGAUGAGAUAAAAUGAACAUAAAUAUUUAUUAAUUCACCUGAAGUUACCAUUAUAAAAAGUACUUAGGCCAACAAUAUUUCUGAUAAUUAUAAGAAAUCUAUUUAAAGAUAAUAA